UGAUGGAAAUAAAGUUCUAAUAAUAAUAAUAAUAAUAAUACAGAGUAAUAGUAAUAAUAAUAAUAAUAAUAAUAAUAAUAAUAAUAAUAAUAAUAAUAAUUUAAUCUCGUACAUACAUACUUGAAUUAAAAAUAAAGGAUGACACCCAUCCCUGAGGGGGCCCCAAUCCCGACCGGACGGUACAUUGGGAGGAUGUAAAUUGGACUAUAAUCUCAAUCUGACAGAUAGGGAGUGAGGCUCUGUCCCCGGUACUUGCAGAUGCCCUAUGCAUUUUUAGCAUAGUAACCCCUCAUCGCAGUUGACGGGAUUCGAACCCGGGAUCUAACCCUUGUGACACUCCUUGCUAUCAGUUGAGCUACGCCCACGAGUAAUUAAAAAAACUAAAAAGAAGCCCUUUUUAUUGCCAAUAAGAUUUAAGCCUCAAAAGCAAAAGUUAUUUUAGUCCUUGCAUUGGAGACUGCAAACAGGCAGCCUCGUGGCCCCUUUAUUAUUCUCUAUCAUCACAGCUUCUCUUUUAAAGUUGAAAAGUAAAAUUUUUAACAACUUACUUUGCAUGUGUUGAUGAUCACACCCCACCCCAGGCCAGUAAUUAUGUUAUCCCGAAACCCACAAGAGUGAAGUUAUUAAAUUAACCUCGGUGGGUUUCCAAGAUUUAUAUAGAAGUAAGAAAUUGAGGAGAUGAGAAAGGUAUUUCGAGCAUCCGCCAUUUUCUAAGAUUAUACUACGUACUUGGGAUCGGAUUAGAGAUCAAAGCAGAUUGCGUGGGUUUGUUUGAUUUUGCUGCUGGGGAGAAGAGCAGACAGCAUCAAGUCAAUGUGCAGGAACAACAAGGUUGUUCGGACAUGGCGGCUUCCCCUGUCUUCGGUACUUCAAACAUCUCCCUAACUGUUUCCUUUUUUGUCCUCUUUCUGCUCUUUUUCUUGUCUGCUCCUCGACCGGCAUGCUCGACGGCGGCAGACGGCGGGGAUUUACCGGCCACUCAGGCAUUCCGGCCAGGAAACCAUUCACGCAAGUUGAAAAUGAUUAAAGCCCGUCUCAUGAUGAUCAAUAAGCCUCCUGUCAAGACAAUACAGAGCCCUGAUGGUGAUAUCAUUGAUUGCGUAUUAACUCACAAACAACCUGCAUUUGAUCAUCCACUGCUAAAGGGUCAGAAACCAUUGGAUGAUCAUCCGGAAAUACCGAAAGGGCAAAAUGGGGAUGAAGAAUUCGAAGAAUUUCAGGCGUGGAGGACGACCGGAGAAACGUGUCCAGAAGGAACAGUGCCAAUAAGAAGAACGAGGGAAGAAGAGAUGCUGAGGGCAAGUUCUGUUAGAAGGUUCGGAAGGAAAGGCCCGAUUCGGAGCAUCCUCCGAACAGACACAACCUCCAACUUUCACGAGCAUGCAGUUGGAUAUGUAAAUGGAGAUCGAUAUUAUGGGGCGAAAGCGAGUCUGAAUGUGUGGGCACCUCAUGUGGCCAACACGCAAGAGUUUAGUUUGUCGCAGAUGUGGAUUACCUCCGGUUCAUUUGGUGCUGAUCUCAACAGCAUUGAAGCUGGUUGGCAGAUUAGUCCAGAGAUAUAUGGGGACAAUCGUCCGAGGUUCUUUACAUACUGGACAAGUGAUGCAUAUAGAACAACAGGAUGCUAUAACCUUUUGUGCUCAGGCUUUGUUCAAACUAACAAUAGAAUAUCCAUUGGAGCUGCCAUCUCCCCAACGUCCUCUUAUGGUGGACGUCAAUACGAUAUCAGCAUCUUAAUCUGGAAGGAAGUAUACAACAAUUUGGUGUACAGGAUCCGAAGCAUGGGCAUUGGUGGCUACAGUUUGGAUCAAGGAUAUUAGUGGGGUAUUGGCCUUCGAUGUUGUUUACACAUCUGAAGGGCGGUGGAAGCAUGAUUCAAUUCGGAGGAGAAGUUGUGAACCGAAUGGCCGCUGGCCUUCACACAGCAACACAAAUGGGGAGCGGACAUUUCUCGGGAGAGGGCUUCGGAAAAGCUUCUUACUUUCGAAACUUGCAGAUGGUGGAUUGGGAUAACUCUCUCAUUCCCGCCUCUAAGCUUAGACUUACCGCUGACCAUCCCGAUUGCUAUGAUAUACGAGCAGGAGGAGGAUCUAAUCCUAAUCCUGCUUGGGGGACUUACUUUUUUUAUGGGGGCCCCGGAAGAAAUUCCAGAUGUUCCUGAAACCUCACCUAGAUUUUUCCUCAUUUUAAUUUAGCUUAAUUGUGUUUUGGUUUUCUCACACAACAAAAUACGGUAUAUAUAUAUAGCCCAAAAAGUGCAAAUAUAUAGACUAGAAUGAAACACUAGAUUAAUUUAAACUCAAUUAUGAAAUGACAAAAUUUAUGUCUAAAUUGUGAUUUGGCAUAAAAUCGGGUAAUAUUCUCAUUAAAGAAUAAUAAAGAGUUUGUACAUAUAGUGAUAGAUCCACAAAAUUGAUUGUCGGGGCAUAAUUUUUUAAAAUUUUGACUUCGAAUGAAACACUAGAUUAAUUUAAACUCAAUUAUGAAAUGACAAAAUUUAUGUCUAAAUUGUGAUUUGGCAUAAUAUUUUAUUCCAAGUAUUAAUUAUUGUAUGCAAAUACAAUAGUGUUGGGAUAUAAGGUCCAUGCCCAAAUACCCCAUGAAGCCCAAUCCUCAUACGAGCCCAUUUCAAGUCCAGUUAGUCGGGAUAUCUGCACGGCUUACCAGAACGGAUCGUGCCGCUCGGAUCAAUCCCCUCAUUUGGGGUUCUCUAUUCGAUCUGUCAACUAUCCAAGAAAGAACUCCCCCAACCAAUGACGGGAAAACAAGAAUUAGUGGGAAACACAUUUAAUGCACUAGAUGUUAAAUAUUUUAUGAUUGAUGUUUAGUCACUUAGGGUUGAGCACAUCACCACAUAACAUUUAUUUAAUUGUAAUGGGUUGACAAACUUGUAUACUUUGCAAUAUACUUCUCUCUAGUUCUUGUGUAAUCUUCAGCUUGAUCUAGGGGGUCGGAGAUCGGGCUCGACAUAUGUGUUGUGAUCGUUCUAAAAACAUAAUAGAACUAGAUAUACUUUUCCACUCAUUUACUUACAAUUAUUC